GAUACAUAAACCCUAAAUCGAGAACCUCCCAGAAUCUUAAGACGACGACGGAAGAGAUGAGUAAAUCGUCAACAGAGUCUCCGACAACGACGACGUCGUUUUGUUCGUUACCGUUCGACGUCAUUCUCAAUUGUCUGGCUCGUAUCUCGAGAUUCCAUUAUCCAACUCUAUCUCUCGUCUCCAAGGGUUUCCGAUCUCUCAUCGCUUCUCCUGAGCUCGAGACGACACGAUCCCGCAUGGGAAUAACAGGGGAUCACCUCUGUUUCUUCUUAGACCUGAAUAAGAAAAACCCUAAUCCUCGCUGGUUCCUAGUUUCCCCGAUUCCCACACAGAAAUCGAAACCCAUCCCUUCGUUUCCUCAUCAAUAUCCCAAAUCCUCAACCAUUGUCUCAAAUGGUUCAAAGAUUUACAUAAUCGGAGGGUUUGUCAGGAGAAAGAGAAGCAAGAGAGUGUUGAUACUCGAUUGUCGAUCUCAACAAUGCCGUAGACUCCCCAAUGCGUCUACCUCGAGUUUCUCCAGCCGCUGAUGUAAUCGCCGGUAAGAUCUAUGUGAUUGGCGGUUACGAGUCGAACAAUAUCGAUGACUGGGGAGAGGUUUAUGACCCAAAGACCCAAAC